CAUCGACCUCAAAAAGAAGAGAUAGAAUUUGACAUCAGUGGAAAAACAAACAGAGAUGAAGAACAUCCGUAAACAGCAGCAUGAAUCUAACAUUGGAGAAUUGAUGAAGUUUUUCAUUAAAGAAAUGAACUCAGACGCUGAACAUGAGAAGGUAUUUUUCCUUAAAUGGCUCCGAAUCCUCCUGUAUAAAUAUACUUCAGCUGACUUUUCAGAUCUACAUCAUAAAUAUGAUGAAAAUUGGUUAACAGUCUUAAAACUGAAAGAGAACACUGAUAAAUCUGAGCAACUCAAGGCUGAACAAACUGAACUCGAGAAAAAAACUGAGGAACUUCAAGCUGCACCCUUUGGUUUGGAGCACAUCAUGAGGGAGAUCGGUCAGAUCUAUGAAUCAUGUUCAUCUGUGAAGAAGAACAAGAAAGACCUGCAGUUUCACUUCUCUUCUCUCCCGAGUCUUGCAGCAGAGAUGAUGAUCUCUGGAUUUCCACUGGAGCUGAUGGAUGGAGAUGCUGCUCAUGUUCCUGUGGUCUGGAUCUCUGCUGUUCUAGAUGAACUCAUCCAGAAACUGGGAGACCAGAGAGUCUUUGUGCUGUCAGUUUUAGGGAUUCAGAGCUCUGGGAAAUCCACCAUGCUGAAUGCCAUGUUUGGACUCCAGUUUGCCGUCAGUGCUGGCAGGUGCACCAGAGGAGCUUUCAUGCAGCUGGUCAAAGUGUCAGACGAGAUGAAACCACAGAUGAACUUUGACUAUAUUCUGGUUGUUGAUACUGAGGGUCAUCAUGACAAUGAAUUGGCCACAUUUGUUGUUGGUCUUGGAAAUCUAACAUUGAUCAACAUUUAUGGAGAAAACCCACCUGAGAUGCAGGACAUUCUUCAGAUUGCUGUUCAGGCCUUCAUGAGGAUGAAGAAGGUCAGACUGAAUCCCAGCUGUGUGUUUGUGCAUCAGAAUGUUUCAGACGUCAGAGCUGGAGAGAAAAACAUGGAGGGAAGGAGACGACUGCAGGAGACACUGGAUAAGAUGACAAAACUUGCUGCUAAAGAUGAAGACUCUGAUGCAGAAUGUUUCAGUGAUGUCAUUAGAUUUGAUGUUCAGAAUGAUGUGAAGUAUUUUGCUCAGUUCUGGGAGGGAAACCCACCGAUGGCACCACCAAACCCAAACUACUGCGAGAACAUUCAAGAUCUGAAGGAAACUAUUAUGUCUCAUGCUACAAAUUCACAUGGAAUGAUGUUGACACACUUAAAAGUUUGUAUUAAAGAUCUCUGGGAGGCUUUACUGAAUGAACAAUUCAUCAUCAGCUUCAGAAAUUCUCUGGAGAUUUCAGCGUACAGGAAACUGGAGACUGAAUACAGCAAGUGGUCCUGGAGUCUUCGCAGUGCCAUGAUGGAAACUGAGAACAAGCUACACAACCAAAUAGAUAAUGAAGAAAUUCAUGAGGUUGAGGAAACUGAUCUUCAAAGAGAACUGAAGAAGACAAGUGAAGAAGUGAAAAACUCUAUGUCAGAUUUCUUUGAGAAAGACAGAGAUAAAAAUAUACUGAUUCAGUGGAAAACAUCAUUUGAAAUCAAAAUCAAUGAGCUUCAGGAAAACACUGUGAGAGAAACAAAGAGGAAAUUAAAUGAGAUUUUUCAGCAGCGAGACCUGAAGAAAAAGAUCGAUGCUCAGAGGACACAUCAUGAAAACACUCUCUAUGAAAAGAGCAAAGAACUUGCCUUAAAACUCAAACACAAAGCAAAUGAUGAAGUAACACUCAAGAAAGAGUUUGAUUUGCUUUGGAAACAGAGUGUGCAGAAGAUCAUCAGAGACACUCCUACAAUCAAAGAUACUGACAUAAUGAGAGAUGUGAGAAAGAUCCUCAGUGACGCCUAUGGAAGUGUUUCUGUCGACCACUGGAAGGUGAGCAGAGAUAUUUUCUCUGUGCUGGGUUAUUAUGAUUAUGUAAAGGUAAAGAGAUCCAGUGGAUUUUUGGCAAAAGCCAUCAGAUUGGAUAAAGAGAGACUUGGUUAUGAUCUCUCUAAAGAGAAUGAAGCUCAAAUAAGAUCAUUAGUCACAGAUGUUGCUCAGCAGACAGACACAAUGAUUCAGUCAUUUAACAUUUUAAAGAUGGGCUACAACAUCAGCUACAUUCAACAACUCACAAGUUACACCAAGACAAGAGUAACAGAACAUCAGGAAGGACCUGUGAAUUAUAUGUUCAAGAAAAAAUUCUUCAUGGAUUUAGUUCUCUCCAUCUUUAAGAGAGCAAACAAGAUGAUCACUGACCAACACAGACUGUUCAAGGAAGCCAAUGAUCCUGUUCUGUAUUUGGAGAGGAAGAGAGAAGAGUACUAUAAUAUCUUCCAGAAAUACUGUCAUGGAGCUGCAUCAGCUGCCAUUUUUGGUGGGAUCAUCUGUCAGAAACUUAAAGAGCCCAUUGAGCAGAGUGUCUACAAGAAAACUGCCAGAGAUCUGACAGAUGAAAUGAUGACAAACUGUGAAUCACUGAAUGGAAACAGAUUAAAUCUGGAGAAACACAUCCUGAAGACACUGGCAGAAGAGGAGGACUUUGACAAAUACAUGAACUACAUUCAUAAUCUCAGAGAUCACUUCAAGAGUUUCAUCAGAGAUGAAGUCAGUCGGUACAUCACUGAUAAGUUCAGUGUCAGUGUUUUACCCAAGAUGAAGAAGAACAUUGAACUCCUGCAGCAGAAGAUCAUGAAAGCAGCACAUGAAUCUACUGAACAUGUUCAAGUGAACACAGGAGAUGUUGGUUUGUGGUUGAAGAGUUUCACACAGCAGCUCUCAGAUGUGCUGAUCUUCUCUGAAAAAGACCUCAGUGGAGUGAAACAUGAUGAUGUUGAUGUGAAUCUCCUAGAAGAUGUGAUAAGACAAGAACUUACUGCAACAAUUUUUGACAUCAGCAGUAAAUUUAAGACUUUUCCAAUAAAUCUGGACUAUACGUUCAGGCCAGAUGAGCUUCUGAUUGAUCAUUUGUGUCAGUGCUGUUGGGUUCAGUGUCCGUUCUGUAGAGCCACCUGCACCAAUACUGUAGAAAACCAUGAUGGAGAUCACAGUGUUCCUUUCCACAGAGUGACUGGAAUUGAAGGAAUAUUUUACAGAGGAACAAGAACCCUGUCUGUUGAAAUCUGCACAUCAAUGGUAGCAAACAGAAAUCUUUAUUUUUAUCCCAAUGCCUCAGACGAUUUACUCCUCUGCACAGAAUACAGAAGAGCAGGAGGAGUUUAUGCAGACUGGAGUAUCACCCCUGACCUUUCUGAACUGCCCUACUGGAAGUGGUUUGUGUGCAACUUCCAGAAAGAUCUGGAAAAACACUACAAUAAAACAUUUGAGAAGAGGACGAUCCCAGAUGAAUGGAGAAAAUACUCAAAACAGGAAGCUAUUGGGAGUUUGGAUCAAUACAUCUCUGAUUCACCUGAAAACACAAAGAAGUGUUUAACAGGAAACAGAAUGCCAGAGGCAAUGACUGAAGAUUCUACAUCAAAUAACUCGGUAAAGGGAGAAAACAAGGACUUCAGAACAGCAGGAGUUGGUUCAGAUCAACACCUACAGCAGGAAAAUAUUGGAAGAAAAAAAAUACAGGAUUUAUUUCACAGACUUCAUCUUGAAGGCAGGCACCACAAUAAACUGAGAGCUGCAGAUGUUCUUCAGAUAACUGAGCAUUCAUUACAGUCCCAUGAGUCUUGUGCUGAAGAAGAGCUGAUUCAAACUUUCAUACAAAAACUACUGAUGAUGGACUACAGAGCAAGAUACAUUAAUGUCAAUAAGGACAGUGAACAGGAUCACACACAACAAAGACACAAUGAAUCAUCUGAAGAUAGUGGUGAUAUAUUCAAAGCAAUGUCUUUGUUAAACCAAAGAACAAGUCAGUCUGAGCAAAUCCACCCGAUGGAUGUUCAGAUGGCCGUGUUUCAUUGUGCUGAUGGUUUCCUGAAGCAGCUGAUGGUGACUAAACUGUCCCAGUGUCAGUACGCUCUGCCUCUGCUUGUUCCUGAUCCAUUCACACAACAGAUUGAGUUUCCUCUCUGGACAUUCAGACAAAUCAACAAGAGCUGGAAGAUCAGAAACACCAACAAUGAAAUCAUCAGUCAAACAUAUCCGGUCUACAAGGCAGAAACUCCAAUGGUGUCUUUCUUCAGGUUGGGCUCUGUGUCCUCAUCCAAGUCUGAGCUGAUGAACAGUCUGAUUAAUGAGAAACACAACACGUUCUUCCACAGGAACUGCCCAGGCAGCAGCAGAACCAGAGUCCUGAUGGAUAGAGUGGUGGAGAUCGCCUGGUUCUGCCCUUCUGGGAAACACACGGAUAAAUUCAAUGACUGUGUUGCGUUCUGUAAUCUACAUGGUGAUGCAGGAGACCAUGAGAAACAGCUGCAGAUCCUCACUGAAAUGGCUUCAGUCAAUGUUGUUGUUCUACCACAACUGGACAGGAAUGACAGACAUGCAGCAAUAAUGCAAAACCUCUACAAGGACAAAAAGCCACUCAUUUGUCUUUUUACGGAGGAUGAAACUACUGUAAAUGAGAUGAAGAGAGGGAAAUUCAAAUUCAGUUUGAAGGACAGAAAUCAGUCAGAUGUAUCUGAAGAACUCAGAAGAGCUAUAAAUGAGUGUCUCUCAGAAUCAUCUUCCACUUUCAGACUUGAAGAUGUGUCCAAACACUCAGAUAUCAGAGUAGAUGAGGAAAAUGAUGAAGACUGCAGGAGAGGAAGAGAAGCAGCACAGCAGAUGAUGAGUUUACUGGAGAAGAAAGAUCUGACAGAAAUCAAAGAAUCAUUUCUGCCUCAUCAGGGGAAACUGUGGCAUCAGUGGAGUCAGAAGAACAAAGAACUACAUCGACCUCAAAAAGAAGAGAUAGAAUUUGACAUCAGUGAAAAACAAACAGAGAUGAAGAACAUCCGUAAACAGCAGCAUGAAUCUAACAUCGGAGAAUUUAUGAAGUUAUUUAUUAUAGAAAUGAACUCCGCUGAUGAACAUGAGAAGAUAUUUUUCCUUAAAUGGCUUCGAAUCCUCCUGUAUAAAUAUACUUCAGCUGACCUUUCUGAUCUACAUCAUAAAUAUAAUGAAAACUGGUCAACAGUCUUAAAACUGAAAGAGAACACUGAUGAAUCUGAGCAACUCAAGGCUGAACAAACUGAACUCAAGAAAAUAUCUGAGGAACUUCAAGCUGCACCAUUUGGUUUGGAGCACAUCAUAAGGGAGAUCAGUCAGAUCUAUGAAUCAUGUUCAUCUGUGAAGAAGAACAAGAAAGACCUGCAGUUUCACUUCUCUUCUCUCCCGAGUCUUGCAGCAGAGAUGAUGAUCUCUGGAUUUCCACUGGAGCUGAUGGAUGGAGAUGCUGCUCAUGUUCCUCUGAUCUGGAUCUCUGCUGUUCUAGAUGAACUCAUCAAGAAACUGGGAGACCAGAGAGUCUUUGUGCUGUCAGUUUUAGGGCUUCAGAGCUCUGGGAAAUCCACCAUGCUGAAUGCCAUGUUUGGACUCCAGUUUGCCGUCAGUGCUGGCAGGUGCACCAGAGGAGCUUUCAUGCAGCUGGUCAAAGUGUCAGACGAGAUGAAACCACAGAUGAACUUUGACUAUAUUCUGGUUGUUGAUACUGAGGGUCAUCAUGACAAUGAACUGGCCACAUUUGUUGUUGGUCUUGGAAAUCUAACAUUGAUCAACAUUUAUGGAGAAAACCCAGCUGAGAUACAGGACAUUCUUCAGAUUGCUGUUCAGGCCUUCCUGAGGUUGAAGAAGGUCAGACUGAAUCCCAGCUGUGUGUUUGUGCAUCAGAAUGUUUCAGACGUCACAGCUGGAGAGAAAAACAUGGAGGGAAGGAAACAACUGCAGGAGACACUGGAUAAGAUGACAAAACUUGCUGCUAAAGAUGAAGACUCUGAUGCAGAAUGUUUCAGUGAUGUCAUUAGAUUUGAUGUUCAGAAUGAUGUGAAGUAUUUUGCUCAGUUCUGGGAGGGAAACCCACCGAUGGCACCACCAAACCCAAACUACUGCGAGAACAUUCAAGAUCUGAAGGAAACUAUUAUGUCUCAUGCUACAAAUUCACAUGGAAUGAUGUUGACACACUUACAAGUUUGUAUUAAAGAUCUCUGGGAGGCUUUACUGAAUGAACAAUUCGUCAUCAGCUUCAAAAAUUCUCUGGAGAUUUCAGCGUACAGGAAACUGGAGACUGAAUUCAGCAAGUGGUCCUGGAGUCUUUGCAGUGCCAUGAUGGAAACUGAGAACAAACUACACAACAAAAUAGAUAAUGAAGAAAUUCAUGAGGUUGAGGAAACUGAUCUUCAAAGAGAACUGAAGAAGACAAGUGAAGUGAAAAACUCUAUGUCAGAUUUCUUUGAGAAAGACAGAGAUAAAAAUAUACUGAUUCAGUGGAAAACAUCAUUUGAAAUCAAAAUCAAUGAGCUUCACAAAAACACUGUGAGAGAAACAAAGAGGAAAUUAAAUGAGAUUUUUCAACAGCGAAACCUGAAGAAAAAGAUUGAUGCUCUGAGGACACAUCAUGAAAACACUCUCUAUGAAAAGAGCAAAGAACUUGCCUUAAAACUCAAAGAUAAAGCAAAUGAUGAAAAAACACUGAAGAAAAAGUUUGAUUUGCUUUGGAAACAGAGUGUGAAGAAGAUCAUCAGAGACACUCCUACAAUCAAAGACAUUGACAUAAUGAGAGAUGUGAGAAAGAUCCUCAGUGACGCCUAUGGAAGUGUUUCUGUCGACCACUGGAAGGUGAGCAGAGAUAUUUUCUCUGUGCUGGGUUAUUACGAUUAUGUAAAGGUAAAGAGAUCCAGUGGAUUUUUGGCAAAAGCCAUCAGAUUGGAUAAAGAGAGACUUGGUUAUGAUCUCUCUAAAGAGAAUGAAGCUCAAAUAAGAUCAUUAGUCACAGAUGUUGCUCAGCAGACAGACACAAUGAUUCAGUCAUUUAACAUUUCAAAGAUGGGCUACAACAUCAGCUACAUUCAACAACUCACAAGUUACACCAAGACAAGAGUAACAGAACAUCAGGAAGGACCUGUGAAUUAUAUGUUCAAGAAAAAAUUCUUCAUGGAUUUAGUUCUCUCCAUCUUUAAGAGAGCAAACAAGAUGAUCACUGACCAACACAGACUGUUCAAGGAAGCCAAUGAUCCUGUUCUGUAUUUGGAGAGGAAGAGAGAAGAGUACUAUAAUAUCUUCCAGAAAUACUGUCAUGGAGCUGCAUCAGCUGCCAUUUUUGGUGGGAUCAUCUGUCAGAAACUUAAAGAGCCCAUUGAGCAGAGUGUCUACAAGAAAACUGCCAGAGAUCUGACAGAUGAAAUGAUGACAAACUGUGAAUCACUGAAUGGAAACAGAUUAAAUCUGGAGAAACACAUCCUGAAGACACUGGCAGAAGAGGAGGACUUUGACAAAUACAUGAACUACAUUCAUAAUCCCAGAGAUCACUUCAAGAGUUUCAUCAGAGAUGAAGUCAGUCGGUACAUCACUGAUAAGUUCAGUGUCAGUGUUUUACCCAAGAUGAAGGAGAACAUUGAACUCCUGCAGCAGAAGAUCAUGAAAGCAGCACAUGAAUCUACUGAACAUGUUCAAGUGAACAGAGGAGAUGUUGGUUUGUGGUUGAAGAGUUUCACACAGCAGCUCUCAGAUGUGCUGAUCUUCUCUGAAAAAGACCUCAGUGGAGUGAAACAUGAUGAUGUUGAUGUGAAUCUCCUAGAAGAUGUGAUAAGACAAGAACUUACUGCAACAAUUUUUGACAUCAGCAGUAAAUUUAAGACUUUUCCAAUAAAUCUGGACUAUACGUUCAGGCCAGAUGAGCUUCUGAUUGAUCAUUUGUGUCAGUGCUGUUGGGUUCAGUGUCCGUUCUGUAGAGCCAAGUGCACCAAUACUGUAGAAAACCAUGAUGGAGAUCACAGUGUUCCUUUCCACAGAGUGACUGGAAUUGAAGGAAUAUUUUACAGAGGAACAAGAACCCUGUCUGUUGAAAUCUGCACAUCAAUGGUAGCAAACAGAAAUCUUUAUUUUUAUCCCAAUGCCUCAGACGAUUUACUCCUCUGCACAGAAUACAGAAGAGCAGGAGGAGUUUAUGCAGACUGGAGUAUCACCCCUGACCUUUCUGAACUGCCCUACUGGAAGUGGUUUGUGUGCAACUUCCAGAAAGAUCUGGAAAAACACUACAAUAAAACAUUUGAGAAGAGGACGAUCCCAGAUGAAUGGAGAAAAUACUCAAAACAGGAAGCUAUUGGGAGUUUGGAUCAAUACAUCUCUGAUUCACCUGAAAACACAAAGAAGUGUUUAACAGGAAACAGAAUGCCAGAGGCAAUGACUGAAGAUUCUACAUCAAAUAACUCAGUAAAGGAAGAAAACCAGGACUUCAGAACAGCAGGAGUUGGUCCAGAUUCAUCUUGAAGGCAGGCACCACAAUAAACUGACAGCUACAGAUGUUCUUCAGAUAACUGAACAUUCAUUACAGUCCCAUGAGCCUUAUACUCAAGAGGAGCAGGUUCAGACUUUCAUACAAAAACUACUGAUGAUGGACUACAGAGCAAGAUACAUUAAUGUCAAUAAGGACAGUGAACAGGAUCACACACAACAAAGACACAAUGACUCAUCUGAAGAUAGUGGUGAUAUAUUCAAAGCAAUGUCUUUGUUAAACCAAAGAACAAGUCAGUCUGAGCAAAUCCACCCGAUGGAUGUUAAUGUACAGUAAAUGAGAUUAAGAGAGGGAAAUUCAAAUUCAGUUUUAAAGACAGAAAUUAGUCAGAAGUAUCUGAAGAACUCAGAAGAGCUAUAAAUGAUUGUCUCUCAGAAUCAUCUUCCACUUUCAGAUUUGAAGAUGUGUCCAAACACUCAGAUAUAAGAGUAGAUGAGGAAGAUGAUGAAGACUGCAGGAGAGGAAGAGAAGCAGCACAGCAGAUGAUGAGUUUACUGGAGAAGAAAGAUCUGACUGCUGAAAGAGAACACUGAUAAAUCUGAGCAACUCAAGGCUAAACAAACUGAACUCGAGAAAAAAAACUGAGGAACUUCAAGCUGCACCAUUUGGUUUGGAGCACAUCAUGAGGGAGAUCGGUCAGAUCUAUGAAUCAUGUUCAUCUGUGAAGAAGAACAAGAAAGAUCUGCAGGUUCACUUCUCUUCUCUCCCAAGGCUUGCAGCAGAGAUGAUGAUCUCUGGAUUUCCACUGGAGCUGAUGGAUGGAGAUGCUGCUCAUGUUCCUGUCGUCUGGAUCUCUGCUGUUCUAGAUGAACUCAUCAAGAAACUGGGAGACCAGAGAGUCUUUGUGCUGUCAGUUUUAGGGCUUCAGAGCUCUGGGAAAUCCACCAUGCUGAAUGCCAUGUUUGGACUCCAGUUUGCCGUCAGUGCUGGCAGGUGCACCAGAGGAGCUUUCAUGCAGCUGGUCAAAGUGUCAAACGAGAUGAAACCACAGAUGAACUUUGACUAUAUUCUGGUUGUUGAUACUGAGGGUCAUCAUGACAAUGAACUGGCCACAUUUGUUGGUGGUCUUGGAAAUCUGACCUUGAUCAACAUUUUUGGAGAAAACCCAUUUGAUGCAGGACAUUCUUCAGAUUGUUGGGUCUGUUUUUGAAAUUAUCUUUCGAUAUUCUGAUUAUAAAAUUAUAACUUCAGAUGUUUUUUCAGUUGUUCAGUUUUCAGAUGAAUAACAAAUUUAUAUUGUCCAAAAAAUCAAAUAAAGCAUCAUUUACA